AUGCCGGCGUCAGCAGCCGACGAGUUCGAGCCGCCCACUGAGCUCGAGGUCCAGGUCCUGGGACACCUGCUCGGCAAUCUCUCGAGCGCGGCGCUCCUCCUCCUCGGCUGGCUGACCUUCCAGCUCUGGCGCGACUACAUCUCGACCAUCCUCGCCGCGUUCAUCGUGUCGCAGGCGAUGCGGCGCAUGCGCGAGCGGAUGGUCUCCGAUGUCCGCUCCCUGCGGGCGCCCUCGGAAGCGCCGCUCCUCCGUCGCGUCGGCAGCGCGAGCUUGCGGCACGCGUGGGCGUGCCCUCCGCUGCUGCUGCUCGCCGUGGUGGUGCCGCUGCUGCUGCUCGCGGACUACACCUCCUGGGGGUGGGUCGGCACCGCGUGCGCCAGCGCCGUGGCGGUGGUGGUGGCGCUCCUCUCGGACGAGAGCCUGGUCACGCUCGCGCUCGUCGGCCUGGUCUCGCUCGUCGCGUGCGUGAGCCUCGUGCUGCUGCUCCACUCUCUGGCGCGGGUGGCGUCGGACGACGACGUGGCUGCGGCCGUCGAGCAGGCGGCUUGCGCUACGGGCCGCCUGCGGGUCGGGGAGGGUCGGGGGUCGGGGUGGGUCCUCUCGAGCGGGCGGUCGGUCGUCUACUCCGGCAUCGCAACGCUCUCCGAGGAGCGGGCCUCCGCGCUGCCGGCGGACCCGCGCUGGUCCGGCGAGGGGGCCGUCCGCCGCCAGCCAACUUGUCGCGCGGGCAGCGUCGCGUCACGCCGCUCUCGCGGCGCGAGCCGCGUGCUGCAGCUGCUCGAGUCGGGCCGUAACACCACCGAGGUGCUGGGCGCGGUGUCUGCGGUGAUGCGAGACUUCUUCCCGCACUCGCCCGUCCUGCGCGAGGGAGACGCGCUCGACCGGCUCCUCCUCCUCCUCGCGGGCGGCCUCUCCUCUGGAGGAGGCCUCUCCUCUGGAGGAGGCCUCUCCUCUGGCCACUCCGACCGCGCCGCGAGGCUCGGAGGGCGGCAGCUCGCCCCGACCUGGCGGGGGGUGGUGCACGCCUUCGGAGAGCUGCGCCAAGAGGUGCAGCCGCAGCCUUCCCCCCUCCCUCCCCCCCUCCCCCCGCCCCGCACCAUCGAGGCGGUCCUGCUGGUGCCGAUCGACUCCGCCGCCCGCAACGCUUGCGCCACCCUCCUCCUCUUUCGCGUGAUGCGGGUGCCGUACGCGCACCUGGCGGCGAUGCUCUCGGUCGUCUUCACGCUCUUCCCGCUCACAUACUCGUUCCUCGCGUGCGUGCCUUGGGCGCUCUUCUUCACCAUCUCGGACCUCUACGCCGAGCGGCGGCUGCAGCAGCAGGCCGACGCCUCGCACGGCCGCCCGCUCCGUCGCCCCUCCCGCGCACCCGCCCUCCCGCGCACCCGCCCUCCCGCGCACCCGCCCUCCCCUCUCCAGGCCGGCGUCUCGCAGUACGUCAACGGCUUCUCGCUCGUGCUCGGCGUGUACAUGUUUGGCCUGCAGGGCCUCCUCUUCGGGCCGCUGCUCGUCUGCGGCGCGAAGCGCAUGUACGAGUACACCGGCCACAUCAUACAGCAGGCGGAGCUCGGGGAGGCCUCGCGGCCGGCCGGAGGCAGCGACAGCGACAGCGACGACGAUGCAGAGUGCGCCGCGGCGGCCGCCGCGAGCGCCGUGCCCGUUCGAGCGCGCCUCUCGGGCUCUCGGGGCGGCAGCCCCCGCAUCGAGCGGCGCGGCUCAGGCGCGCAGUCGCCAGUCCCGACCAGGGCCCCGACCAGGACGGCGGCGGCAAAGGACGCCGCGGACGCGGCGGCGGCAGCGGCAGCGGCGGCGGCGGCGAGACAGGCGAGCCAGGUGUGCGCGGAGGCUGCGGUGCGGCAGAGCGAGCCUCCAGGGCUGGAGAGCCGCGGCUCCAUCGAGGUGCUCUCCCGCGAGGCGCUCAAGACGAUGCGCCGCUUCUCCUUCUUCUCGCCGCCCUCGCGCCUCGGCGGCGCGCGCCGCGCCCCGGGCGCCGCGCCGCGCCCCGACGUCGCCGAUGCCGGAGCCGCCUCGGCGCGUCUCUUCGACGUGUGCGUGCGCUGCGACGGCUCGCACGGCCAGUGCAUCCGCCUCUCGGUGUGCCCCGAGACCGAGUGGGACGACCUGCUCUCUUGCGUGACGGACCGGCUCCGCCGGCUCGGCUUCACCGCGCCGGCGCAGGCGGCGGUCGCCCUCCGCGCCGCGGGGGGGCUGCUCGUGGCGAGCGCGAGCGACUUGCGGCCUAACGAGGUCCUCGACGCGGAGAUCCGCGACGGGGCGACGCCGCGUAGGACAUCGCUAGACUUCCGCCUCGCUGCCGACAGCAGCAAUGGCAGCGCGGCGGAGGCGAUGGCCGCUGCCGUGGCAAGUGCGCCCGUCACGGCGUCACCAUCAGGCAGGGGCACGCCCGACACACCGAGCGCUUCCCCUGCGUUCGGAACGCGGCCGACGCAGUUGACUCUUUAA